CCCUGCCGCCGGCGUGCCGCGGUCACCCCCUUCCCCGCCUCCCCGAGAAAAAAAAUCAGGAGGCUGGUACACAAGAAAGACCAACUGUUCAUCCUGUUGAGAUGUCUCGUAGUCCUUCGUUAAUAGAACUGGCAUGUUCAACUGAGAUACUGGGAACCGCAAAAAUGAGAAAAAAUGACCCUACUUCCAGACAUUUGGUUCCUCCUUCUGAUGGCAAUGAAAGUGAACAGUCAAAAUCUAUUCAAAGAAAGAGAGUGCUUCCAUCUUGGAUGCUGGAAAGAGAUCUCCUGGUUCAGAGGAUUUAUGAGCCUGUAAUGAAAGGAGGUAGUAGAAUGAAAAAAGGCCAAGGAAGGGGAGAAAGUAAUAUGGAGUCAUUGAAAUCAGAAGUAAAUGUGCAGCAGAAAAAAAGAUUAGCCUCUGAAGAAACUUUUGAAGGUGAAGAGCAAGAUCAAGGGAAAAGGAGCUGUCUUUCCAUCCCUGUCCCUUCAUCUCAGAAUACAUCUGGAUUUGGAAACAUGGAAGGAAAUGGCAAGACUGGAACAAAAAACCUUGGAAGUUCUCUGGAAAAAAAUGAUAGGCAGCUGCAUAGUAAAUGGUCUAAAAGAAUAGGUCAGAUCUCCAGUAAAACAAAUAUAAGUGAGGAAACGGAAAACAAAGAGCAGAUUACUGGUUCUACAAGCCAACAAGCUCACUGGGGCAGGACUUCCCAAUAUUUUGGUGCCCAGGAAGGGGUUCUUGAGCCUGAUGCAGAUCUGGAUUACGAGACUGAGAUUUCUGAUUCAACCAGAAGUGCAGAUGCUUCAGAAAGCUCCAGACAGAUCAAGCAUAAGAGGACACCUUGCAUGUAUGGAAAAGGCUGUUACAGGAAGAAUCCCAUUCACUUUCAGCAGUUCAGUCACCCUAAUGAUGAUGACUAUCAAGAAACAGUGAUCGUAACUCAGGAUAACAAUGAUAACCGGCCUGAAUGUCCGUAUGGAACAGCUUGUUAUAGGAAGAAUCCACAGCACAAGCUAGAAUACAAGCACAGUGCACCUCCAGUAACUGAAAGAGGAACCCAACAACAAACUUCAAAAAAUGGAAAAAGGGCUGUGGAGAAAGAUGGUGCCAGUGAUGAUGAACCAAAUGAAUAUGACGUUAAAGACAGCUUUAUAGAUGAUGAGGAAGAGGAGCGUGAACUUACUGAUGAAGACUCUGACUGGGAACCAAGUUCAGAAGACAAGGAUAAUGAAGAUGUUGAAACGCUUUUGCAAGAAGCACACAGAUUUGUUAAGACCAAAAAGUAGCUGUACGGAGCAGCAUUACGAAUGUCUGAUCUGGUUGUGUUAAAACAUGGAUGCACAAGAAGAGGAAUUGCUUUGAAAACUGUUUUUUUUUCCUCAGUGAUGUAGGUACUACAGGAGGAUUUUAAUGGGGGCGAGGGGAUUCGGCAACGCCUUUCUUUUUCCACAUGUAUUAUUUUGGUGGUGGGGUUUUUUUGUUUUAUUAAGUGGUGGAGCCAGAGGACUGAGCUCUGGGUUGGUUUUUUUUUUCCUCAUGUAUUUCUUCU